UGUGGAUCUCUGUUAACUUUAUGUUAAAGAAACUUCCAGGUAACACUCAGAACUCAUAUGAACACACAUCGAGAUCUUCAGAAGAACUGAAUCUACUAACAACAGAGAAGAUCACUGAAGAAGAGAGAAGAAUGAAGAUCAUCUGGACUUUCACUCUGCUGAUGAUUCCUGGUGUGGUGAGCUCCAUCAGUGUGAGAGGAUAUUCAGGAGGAGGAGUCAUCAUCACAUGCAGAUAUGAUAGAAAAUAUACAGACAAUACAAAGUAUUUUUGUAGAGGAGAGUGGUCCACAUGCUCUGACCUCAUCAAGACUGAUAAGAAAAACAAAUGGGUUGAUUCUGGAAGAUUCUCUCUGUUUGACGACACAAGAGCAGCUGUUUUCACUGUGACCUUCAGAAAUCUGAGUAAACAGGAUUCUGGGACGUACUGGUGUGGAGUUGAGAAACCAGGACUAGAUCCUUACACUGAAGUGAAUCUGAAUGUUGUAACAGAUGUUUCAGAAACAUCAUCACCUUCAUCAUCAUCACCAUCAUCACCAUCAUCAUCAUCAGCACCAUCAAUCAUCAUCACCAUCAUCACCAUCAUCAUCAUCAUCAUCAACUGAAUCUCCACUGCAGAGAAUGUGUGUCAGAAACUGAUUGAUUUUAAAGGAGUUUGAGAUGUUCAGUAUUCAGCUUCUGAAACAAACACUGAGCACCAAAUGAGCCUCGUUCUGUGAACAGAUCAUAUUUAGCAACAUGAACAUUGAAUGUCAGAGGAAACUUUCCUCCAGAUGAAUCUGAUUGUUUCUUCUGAUAUCUAAACAUUUUUAUUUUUUUAUUUUUUUUGUCUUACAUCUACA